AUGGGUCCUCUGUCUCCUGCCAGGACCAUGAGACUCUGGAGGCCCCGGAGCCUGGGGGUGGCUCUGGGAGUCUUUAUGACCAUCGGAUUUGGCCUCCAGCUCUUAGGGGGACCAUUCCAGAGGAGGUUACCUGUGCUGCAGCUCCGGCAGUCCUGGAUCCCUUCAUUGGGACCAACCAUGAAGUCUUGCCUACCCCGACAGCGGCUUGUGUUCUUGAAGACACACAAGUCUGGGAGCAGUUCUGUGCUCAGUCUCCUUCAUCGUUAUGGGGACCAGCAAGGGCUACGCUUUGCCCUGCCUGCUCACUACCAGUUUGGCUACCCAAAGCUUUUCCAGGCCUCUAAGGUCAAAGGCUACCACCCCCAGAGUUCAGACACCAAGAAGCCCUUCCAUAUCCUCUGUCACCACAUGAGAUUCAACCUGAAAGAGGUACUUCAGGUCAUGCCUUCUGACAGCUUCUUCUUCUCCAUUGUCCGAGACCCAGCGGCUCUAGCCCGCUCUGCCUUCUCCUAUUAUAAGUCAACCUCAUCGGCCUUCCGAAAGGCACCGUCUUUGGCUGCCUUCCUGUCCAAUCCUCAAGCCUUCUACAGACCCGGGGGCCGUGGCAACCACUAUGCCCGAAACUUACUUUGGUUCGACUUUGGUUUGCCCUUCCCCCCAGAGAGAAGAGUGAGUUCUCAUCUACCCAGAGACCCCAACCCCCUCCAGUUACAUAUUGUGCCUUCUGGUGCUGGCCUUGGAACUCUUUUCCAGCCUAUGAGCACAGUUGCUAAUAAUAAUGCACAGCCAGCCAGCUUUGCCUCUUCAGAUUUUGGGCCCUCAUCUUUUAUCCAGUGGGGUCUGGCCUGGUUGGAUUCUGUCUUUGACUUGGUCAUGGUGGCUGAAUACUUUGACGAGUCAUUGGUUCUGUUGGCAGAUGCCCUUUGCUGGGGUCUGGAUGAUGUGGUGGGCUUUAUGCACAAUGCUCAGGCCAGAAGUGAGCAGAGGCUCAGUGCUGCCAAUAAGAGUGUGGCGAAUGAAGAGCAGCAGCUGACUGCACGGGCCCGAGCUUGGAAUAAUCUAGACUGGGCUCUUUAUACUCACUUCAACCGUAGUCUGUGGGCACGGAUAGAACAAUAUGGCCAUAGUCGGCUGCAACGUGCUGUGGCUGAGAUCCGGGCUCGAAGAGAAGCUCUGGCUAAACGUUGCCUGAUGGGAGGUGAGGCUUUAGACCCCAAAUACAUCACGGAUGUAAGGCUUCGUCCUUUCCAGUUCGGUUCAGCUAAGGUUUUGGGCUAUGUACUCCAGAGUGGACUGAGCCAGAAAGAACAAGAGGAAUGUGAGCGCUUGGCUACCCCUGAGCUACAGUACAAAGACAAACUUGAUGCCAAGCAGUUUUCCCCUACAGUCUCCCUGCCUCUCAAGACAUCAAGGACACUGCCCCCAUAG